AGAUUAUUAUCAACCAAAAACAAGUGAAGUGUCACCAAAGAGUAGGUUACUCUCUGUCACUCACUCAUCUCACCUCAUCAUUUUCCUGAUAUCUCUUUUUUUUAAUUGAUUCAUUUUUGUCACCCGGUAACCACCAUUUUUAUUUUAUUGUAUAGAUCCAAACAUUUUAUAAAAUUCAAUUCACCUGUGUGCCUUAUUUCCAUUUUUCCUACUACCUGUUGCUUAAAAUUCUAGUUUUUUAAGUGUACUUAUAUUAUAUUUUCCUCUUCUAUUCUGUCUUAAUUGUGCAUAUUUUUAUCCACUUCAAUUUUUUAACCCGACAACAAUUUCCAUUGUCUUGCAUUAUCUAUCAACUCACCUGUUUCCUUGACACUGCAUCUAUUGUAUUACUCUUGUGUGCCAUAAUACCUAACCAACUAUAGCGAUGACUCAACCAGUACUAGAUCGUUAUAUGGAAAUUAUUUUAACCAAUCUCAAUCGUUUGAUUCCUCUUAUUAAUGGUAACUUUAUUUGUGAUCUUAUUGCUUAUCGUGAGGUCCUUACAGAGGAUGAUUGGAAGAUUAUCAGUUCAAAAGAGGACAACUACUCCAAGACUGAGAGUCUUUUACUGGCCAUCGGACGAGCUGGAUCAGAAGCUAUGACUGCCUUGAAAGACAUAUUGGCGAUAACUGAAAACUAUCGAGCAAUUGAGAUACUCAAUUCUGGUACUGUUCACGAUGAAACGUGUACUCAUUGUUAUUCAGUGACAGAUUAUUCCCAAGAUGGUGGGAAUUGUCCAAAUUCAAGUCGUCAUCUAGUUAGCGAAUGCAGAAGGCCUCGUAGUAGGACUAUAUCUUACUUUGAUGUCAAUGACCAUGGAGAUCCAGCAACAACUCAGAAUGAAAUCAAUCUUGCCAGUAUAGAGGAGGAAAUUUUGCAAUCUACAGCAACCAGAACAGUUUCCCUUAAACCCGAACGUCAAUUUAUUGUUAAGGUAGAUGGUGAGAUGAAACAAGGAGAGGACAUCUAUGACCUUAAAUCGAAUCCUAGGGGCUACUGUUUGAUUGUAAACAACAUCGACUUUGAAAUUUUCGAACAACGAUUAUCAGCUGAAGAAGAUGGAGUCUUUCUCGCCUCAAUAUUUGAACAACUUGGCUUCGAAAUGAAUUAUUUUAAAAAUUUGACAGCUAGUGAUAUUGAAGCUAUAUUUCAAAAGUAUUCAAAAAUGGAGGAAUUGAAGGAACAUGAUGCUCUCGUUUGUGUCAUCAUGUCCCAUGGAGCUAAAAGAGAUAUUAUUGUUGGAUCUGACGGACUCUAUGUCCGUCUUGAAACUCUUUUAUCUUACUUCAAUAAUUUUAACUGUCCACAUCUGAUGAAUAAACCAAAGCUUUUCUUCAUUCAAGCUUGUAGAGGAGAGGAAUACGAUUUUGGCACAUUAGAUGAAACCACUACUGCUGAUGCUGGUCCAAUCCCUGGUCCCGUCGUUUUCGCAAAAGGAUUUGAUAAAGAUCGUGUGCCAACAUGGAGUGACAUGUGUAUAGUUCAAUCAACAGUUCAAGGUUAUGUUGCAUUGCGAAGUCUUCGAUCUGGAUCGUGGUUUGCUGAAGCAUUAGGACAAGCUCUGGUUGAUCAUGCAUGGGAAAAAAGUCUCCAUGAAAUAUUAAUGGUCGUCAGUUCUAAACUUACCAAGAGACAGGGUAAAGAUAGUGUUAAACAAGCCAUUGAAGUUAUCUGGCGUGGUUGGAAUAAGAACUUUUUCUUCAAUCCAGGAUUAUAUUCUUCCGAAUAAAGUGUCAUAAUUAACAUUGCUUUUUGUUGAUCUCAAAAAAAUAUCUUUAGCCCUGAUUUUUGUUGAUAAUAUGUAAAUUUGUACAUAAUCACUGUUACAUCAACUCAUUACUAAUAACAGUUUUACCUUUAGUAAAUUUUUUUACCUUUC